AUGGCUUCUCACAAAGACGUCGAUAUUCCCACAUAUGAUGGCCUAAAGCUCAAGGGAACCUUGUUCUCUGUCGGCGAGAAAAAGCCAUGUAUCAUCAUGUCUGGUGGUUGGUCAUCACUGCGAUCCCACUUUCUGCCCGACUUUGCAGCACGAUUUAACAAGGCCGGCUAUGGUGUUCUGACCUACGAUAACAGGUGCUGGGGAGAUAGCGAAGGUCUUCCUCGGGAACAGGUCGAUCCGACGUUGCAGACACGCGAUUACCUCGACGUCUUCAACUUUGCGGUCACUCAGCCCGAAGUAGACCCUACUAGAGUCGUUUACUGGGGAUCCAGUAUGUCCGGUGGAAAUGCCAUAUGUGCAGCAGCUGUGAACCACAAUAUCGCUGGGGUAAUCUUGCAAGUUCCUUUCAUCUCAGGCGAAUGGAUCUCUCGUAUGCCGGGGGCGCCGAUAAGCUUGCUCCUCGGCGAACGAGCCAAGGCCGCAGCGGAAGGGUCUCCCUCCAAGAUCCCCAACUUUCCUAGCUCUCUUGAUGAGCUUAACAGCGGCACUUCGCAAGCUGUUCUCAAAGAUCCAGAGUCGAUCCCAUUUGUUGGCGAAAUGGAACGGCGAGGACUUGAUUGGUCCAAGACAUGUACUGUGCAGAGUCUAACAUACGCUCUGCUCCAGGAGCCACUAGCUUACAUCCAUCGCAUCUCGCCGACACCUCUGUUGAUGGUCGUUGCUGAUCAUGAUGUUACGACGCAGGCUCAUCUGCAGCUUGAGGCCUAUAGCAAGGCACUAGAACCAAAGAAGCUUGUUGUUCUCAAGGGGGCGGGUCACUUUUCGCCUUACUUUGGUACGCCUUUUGAGGAAAACGUGCAAGCCCAGAUUUCAUAUCUUGAUGAACUUUUUGCGUGA